UAUCGCUUCGGGGCCAGAGAGUAUCAGAAAUCGUUGCAGAAUCAAGGAUUACCUCAACAGUCAGCAGUCAGUCAGCAUUAUGUUUCCGCAGGCAGAGCUGGAGAACUACAAGCUGCAGGUGGAGUUGCUGCAGGAGAAACUGCAACGCAGUGAGGAUAAUCGCCAGCAGUUGGAGCACAAGUUGGACAAAAUACUGCAAAAGCGCAGCGACCUCGACAAGUCCGUGCGCCACAAGAGCCGACAGAAGUACCAGGAAUUUCUCGAGGAGCAGACCCUUCGCAACGAGCGGAACAGGAAGCUCGUCCAUAUGCUGGAGCGGAUUGAUGAGCAAACCGUUGCCAUGUCGCAACGCAGCGAGCGGCUUAAGAUGAUGAAGCUGCAAUAUCAAAUGUACUUUGCGAAAUUGGUGCAGAAUCAAACAUUGCGUUGCAUACAACAGCAGGCGACGCAGGCAACGGCGCCAGGUGGCAGCGGCGUUGGAGUUGGAGUUGCGGCAACGGGUGGUCCCAUCCAAGUGCUGGUGCCACCGCAAGCAGCAGCAGCAGCAUCAGCAGCGGGCAUGCCAGCACAGCCAAUGGCUGCAGCUGCAGCUGCUCCGCCACAAUGGACCCUUGCCAUGGCCACACCCACACAUGGGGGCAUGCUGCUGACGCCCCAGUUCGCCACGCCAAAUGCAGCUGCUCCGCCUGGACUGGCUGCCAUGCCCGUUGCUCCGCAGGGCCUGUACUACCCGGAGCUGUAUGGGGCGAUGGGCGCCUCUCCACUUGGCACCUCCAACUUGUUCGAUCUGCGCGCCACAUUGCGCGCCUUUGAUAAUGAGAAUGCCGAUUUGCCGGAGCGCAUGACUCACUUCAAUGCAGCCACAUCCAGCCAGGCUGCUGCUGCCCUGACAGGUGAUUAUCAGGCAGAGGCGAGUGGCAGAGCCACACCGGCAUCAGCAGCAUCAGCAGGAGGUGGAGCAGCAUCCACGACAACAUCCAUUUCGAUGGCAGGCCAAGACAAAGGAGCGCGGCAACUGAGCAGCACAUCCUCGACACUGGCAACAUCCUCGUUGACAUUUGAUAAAUUGCCAAAGACGUCCUCCUCGAUGACGUUAACGGAGAUGGCCCAGUCACAGCCCCAGCCACAGCCACAUCCCCAUCCCCAUCCACUGACGAGUGCUGCAUCCACUGCUGUCGAUGACGUUGGCGGGCAACCGCAAAUGGCAGCAGCAGCGAGGGGCCAAGAGAUGCGUAGGAGCUGGAGUCGAGAGCAGGAUCACGAGCAGGAGGUGGCUGAUAUGGCUGCCUGGACAAAUUCACGCGUGACUAAAGUCGAGUAUGAAAAAUCACCAACUGUCGUUGGCCAUAAUGAGCCCGGCCAGAGACAGCCCCAUCCACAGCAGCCGCAGCAGCAGCAGCAUCACAAUUUUGAAGCGUACUUUGGUGAGCUAAAAAUCGAUGAGCCCUGGCAGCCAGGAGCAACACCAUCACCAUCACCAUCACAGUCCGCAGCAGACAAACGCCAACUAAACGUGCGUCCCGGCGGGGGGGCGAAUGCAGAUGUGGGCGAGGAUAUGUCCGUGGGAGCUAAGGUUUGCCUCACCAACGAUUUGCUGGACGAAGUCAUUGCCAGUCGUGCGGCACUGGCGAAAGCAGCGGCUGCGGUUGAUGAGCAGCUAGCAAGAGGUAAUCAAUUGUCGCCGCCAGGCGGCAACAACGAACACGCGGCCACUGCCACUGGCCCUGCCCCUGCCGCCUCCAGCCUCACCUCAUCCUCAUCAUCCUCGUGGAACCCUAGGCCCGGAGUGUCGAUUGAGAAUAUUGAAAAUGCCAUUUACGGCGAACGUUUGACAGGAACUGCGACAGUAGCAGCAGCAGCAGCAGCAUCCCCAGCAGCAGCCCCAACAGCUGCACCAACGCAGGGAUUUUUCGAGAAUUUGGUUACCAAUACAUCUCCGCACGAGCUGGCGGACCAACAACACACACUGGCAACGAUAGAGGAGGUGCAGAGGGAGAGGGAGAGGGAGCGGCAGCCGGGGCCAGAGGUUGCCGAUUAUGGGCAAUACGAUGCCAGCAGUUAUGGGGAAGCCAGCGAGCCCAUAUACGCCAGCAUAGAUUCCACCAGUCAGCAGCAGCAACAAGGGGCACCAGCAGAGCCGCUUUAUAGCGAAAUCGGAAAUCCCACAGACUAUCAGCAGUAUGCAACGGAUGCCAGUGUCGAGGCUGGCGCUGGCGCUGGAGCUGCAGCAGAAACAGAAACUGAUGCAGCUGCAGCUGCUGGUGGGGCUGGUGGGGCUGAUGGUGCCGAGGCGGACGCAAUGCAACAGGAGUACUCCAAUAUUGAUUACGGCAACUACGAGGCCGGACAGUACGCGGCCGGCUACGAUCCCAAUGCCUAUCCGGGCUACAUAUACGAUGAGGCCACUGGCCAGUAUAUAGCCGAUCCCAAUGCCGCUCAGUACGCGCCGGAUGGCAGCUAUGCUGGGCACGAGUACGAUGGCAGUGCCGCAAACUACGACUAUGCGUCUUACGGCGAACAACAACAGCAGCAGCAGCAGCCACAAGAGGAACUGCAACAGAUGCAGGCACAGGCACAGGAGCAGGAGCAGGGACAACUGGAACAACAGGAAGCAUAUCCCAUGUCCAGUGACAAUGGCCAGAAUGGGAUGGAAAUGGAGCAAAGCCCAGCACUGGCCAUCACUCCAGCUGCCGCCAUCGAGGCGAAAGUGGAAUCAACCGCCGCCAUCAGCAACACCACCACCACGAUCGUCGCAGCCUCAAAGCCUGUCAAACCCACGUCGAUACUCUCGACGACAGACAAACAAGCGGCGCCUAAUGAUGCGCAGCAGCAGCAGCAGCAGCAGCCGAAGAAGAAGAAGCGCGUUUAUUUCGUUGACAGCAGCGAAACGGAUGAUAGCUCAAGCGCGAAACCAGCCCCAGCCGCAGCUUUAGCUUCAGCUUCAGGGCCUGCCCUGUCCCUGGGCCCAACUUCUGGACCACCGCCAGCAGGAGCAGAAACUGGAGCUGGAGGCUUUAAGCUGGACUGCCACGUGUGCAUUAAAGAGGUGGGUGUCCAUGGCAACCGCCAUGGGAUCCGCUUUGCGGAUGCCUGA